AUGGAGGCAUAUUUUCCACCUAAACUUAGAAUUGCUGUUAUACCCGAUACCAUAACCACACAAAUUAAAAGAAUCGACAACACAAUCACUAUUUCGGGUAUUGAAGAUGAAUUUAUAAAACUAUUGUCACGCUAUCUAAAUUUCGAAUAUAAGAUUCUUGUUCCCUCAGACUAUUCGUACGGUUCCAAGGAUGCAUUCGGAAACUGGACUGGAAUGAUGGGAAUGAUAGCGAGGAAUGAAACUGACAUGGCAUUCAGCUAUAUAAGUGUCACCGAAGAAAGGUCGACUGUAGCAGAUUUCAGCGUACCUUACUACACUCUUGAAAAAACGUUUCUGAUGAAUCAUGCUCCUUUCUUGCCGAAAACAACAGCAUUCACGUAUCCUUUCAGCAGUCUCACAUGGAUUUUAUUUUUUGCCGUACUGCUCUUAGUGACAGUGCUAUUUCGAGCUUUGAUUUCGCCAAAAGACUCAAUUAUUUCGGUUUUCUUCAAUGUGUGGGGAUCUUCUUUCGGACAAGGAAUGAGCUACAAUCCUCGCUCAAUGUCCAGGUGGAUACCACUUGGAAUUUGGCUCUUUUAUUCAUAUUUUCUGAUUCUGGGUUACAGCUCUGUCCUGUUAUCAUUUUUGACAUCCCUAAUCAAAAUGAAACAAAUAAAAGAUUUCAAAGAUCUCUACACCGCAGUCAGAGAGGGGAAAAUGGAGUGUCUGGCUGCGGGACCCACCCUUGAAGCAGAAUAUUUGUCGCAAAGCAUUGUACCUCAUUUCAAAGGAUUAGGGGAAUACAUUAAAAAGAAUAAAUGGUACUUCUAUCCGAAUAUCAGCCAAAUUGUUCCAGAAGACGUAGCAAUACUUGGGAACCCGGCAUUUUUCCGAGUACUUUUGGGGCCCCCUGAAAUGUACUUUUUUUCAGAAGAUGUUUUUGGAAAUUUUCCUUCAGGUGUUGCAAUCAGGAAAGAUUUUUGCUGCAAAGAGCGCUUUAAUCAAAUGCUACUCCGAAUUUUGAGUAGCGGCAUGUAUGAAAAAUUCAGGAACGAUGUCAUUUUCAAAAUCGAAUUAAAGAGAAAUUUAAACAGUAAUUAUUCUCAGAGUACAUUAGCCUCACCUUUAGGGUUAUCAGAUUUAAGUGGUGUGUUUAUUAUACUUUUGAUAGGCUGGGCAGUAGCUAUUGUUACUUUGAUAAUGGAAAUGACUUACAGCCUAUGGUUACGCUCAAAACCCCAACAAACCUGA